GGCCGUGAUUGAGAGCGUCCUGUGAAUACAAACACAUUUUUAAUUCCCAUGGAUUAGAAGUUUGGAAGAGUUGUUAGGCUUGGACCUAAAAAAAAAACAAAAAACAUGUUGGAAUUAUAUUUGAAGACGGCGUAUCAGCAUAAAGUGGAAUACUUUUCAACAUCUCCUUAAGGAAAUACUGAACUUCGGAAACGUCUGCAUGUCUCUGAAAUACAAGGGAAUAGCGAGAACUUUGUAGGCUAUUAUUAAGAACUUUUCUCACAGUUCAACAUUUGUGUUGUACGUUUUGUGACUUUAUUGUAAGUGAAAACAUGCAACCUCUUACAACUUAGUAACUAGAACAUGUCAAUGUUCCUUUGUAAAAAGGUUGAGGAUUUCUAACGGACAAAGCAGAUUUGUUUUUUCUUAGUUGGCUCAAAAUUGAGUCUGCAUCUUAAACUCUGAUCGUUUCAUCAGUGCCCAUAAUGGCUUGGUCGACUUCAGUCAUGAAUUUGCCACGGUGCUUUGGAGUUUGCUCUAUGAUGAGACUUCUGGUGCUGUUUAUACACGUUUUUUCAACGACAGCAAAGCGACACGUUGUAUACUGGAACUCUACAAAUACAAGGUUAACGGGAGAUGAUUACUCUGUCCAGGUCAAUCUGAGUGAUUAUCUGGAUAUACUGUGCCCCCACUAUCCUGCUGGCCAACCAUUGGCUGGCCCUGUUGAGACCCUGGCUCUCUACCUGGUGGCUGAGGGCCAGUUCAGAGGCUGUGUGGAGACUAAAGAGGCCAUUAAGAGAUGGGAGUGUAACCAGCCCCACGCUCCCUAUGGCCCUGUCAGAUUCUCUGAAAAGAUCCAGCGCUUCACCCCCUUCUCUCUGGGCUUUGAAUUCUUACCUGGGCAUCAUUACUACUAUAGCUCGCUAUCUGCAGAUGAUGGACCCCCCCUCCCCUGUAUGAAGCUACGACUCACUGUGUGCUGUCCGCCUUCAACAGCUGGAUCAUCACGACAGGAAGCCACAGAAAGACCAUCACACAGCAGUGCGGUCCAUUCUGCGACAGAUGGACGAAUUUCUCUACUCAUCGCCCUCUUUUUGCCUUUUUUUCUCUGAUACCUCUGCAAGUAACUUAAAAGCAAGCAAGUGAUCUGUUUCAGUUGAUGAUCCUCCAUAACCAGAUUACACAGAUACUCACAUAAACUCUCACCUUUUCCUUUGCUCUAUCAUUUUGUCACACCACUAAUCUCUAUCCUUCCAUUUCCUUUUUGGCACUUUCCCGUCCACUCUGAGUGCCACCUUCUGUCUGCUCUGAUAAAAGUUCACUCUGUAACAGAGCGACACUAAUCUACCUUCAGAGAUCUUGUCUUAUGGUUCAUUUUCUUUUAAUCCCUCUGUCCUUAAGGGUCAGACAUUCCUUAACUGCCCUCCUCCUUUACAAGCCCCUUGUCCCGCCUCUGUCCUACUGUACAACAAACUGAGCCAAAGAGGAGGAGGAGGAGGAGGAGGAGGAGUGAAGCUCCCAGAUCCUGCUGUAUGUACUACUACUGAGUGAAAGAUCACGGACAGAGUGACCACUCAUACCUGUGAUCAUUAAACACAUCUGAUCCCAUUGAAGGAGAUCAGGGAUCAAAAAUCAUAUGACUUUUUCUUAUAUUUUGUCUUUAAAAGAAAAAUAGUUUGAAACCAAAGCAGACGCACAUUACAUUUAAUUUAAACAUUCAUUAGAUGACAAGCUGUUGAUUGUUUUGGAAUUACAUAAAAACAAAAUGAUUUAUUAACACUCUGCAACUCAGCAGAACUCUGGAAUUACCUGGAAGAUCCUGGAAUUUUUGUGUCUUGAAUUUUCUGAAAUUUCUUUAGGGCUUAAAUUGGGGUUGAGAUGUUGAAUUCAUGCCCACACUUGCAUGUGCUGGAUGAUGUAAUGCUAUGGUGGGCUACAUAGACCACACAGUAAAAGUAAGAACUUUAUUUGUGGGACAUAUAUGACUGGGUACCUCCUAGUAUGGACUAUUCUAGUUUGCCCACUCGUUUCUUGACACUCUGUAAAGUGUGAAAAUAGCUGAAUGAUUGAUUUGGCACUUAAUCAGGUUGAGAUUCAUGAUCGAUUUUCUUUUCCUGUUUUUUUGUUUAUAUCUGUUGGUUAACCAUUCUUUUUUGAUGGUAGUUCCUUUUUUUGUCUUUACUCAUAAUUAUUUGUGGGGAUAUGAAUUAUAUAUCAUUGAAGUGUUUGCUGUGUUUACUUGAAUUAGGAAAAAUGUCAAAUCUUUUUUAUGGGUAUAACCAUAAGUGAUGUUUUGUUUUUUGUUUUUAUUAGUCUAAAAUAAUGCAUGAUGAUAGCAGAGAAAACAACAUGUUGAGUACUGUUUAAAUUCUGGUUUGUUUACCUAAUGUAAUUUGUCUUAUUUUUUUAUAUAUAUAUAUAUAUUUUUUUAAAGAAAAGUCUUUUUUUUUUCUUUACUUUAAUUUUGGAAUUUGAACAAUGCAUUUUUUUUUGUAUUAGCUGUAAGAUAAUAUUGUUUAGAUAAACAAUAGCUUAAUAAUAGCAUAACACAUUUGGUAUGUGGGGAGAUCAAGAAAAUUAGCUUAAAUAAGUAUUGAAAUAUAUAUAUUUUUUUAAACUUUUUUUUUUUAUUAUUUUGUUUUUUACAUAUAUAUUGUUUGAACUAUUAAUAAGGAAUUUUUAAUUUCUACACAGCUCUAAUAAUAUUGAAGUCAUUUGCCCCUUUAUUAAGUCCCAGAAUUUGAAACCAUAUUUUAUGGCAAAGAAAAAUUUCCUCCAAUUUCUUGUAGUGUCUGAUGUUUUUCAAUUUCAGGAUUUCAAAUGUAAAUAAUGGGUGUCAAAACAGAACAAUCAGUUUACAUAUUUUUAUUUUUUUACAUGGUAUGUAAGAAUGUAGUUUUCUUUUGAAAUUUCACAUUUUUGUGAAGUACUCAGCAUCUUCUGUGAAGAACUAAGGCCAUUUAUGGCAAAAUGAGCUACAGAAAUAAAUAAAAAAUUAUGAUUUUCAAAUCUCUUCUUUUUUUUUUUUUUU